AACGCACAAGUCAAUGAUGCUCAUCAAAGCAGGCACGGUCGUUGGUGGCAUCACAUACCGCCCCUACCCCUCGCAGCGGUUUGGGGAGAUAGCGUUUUGUGCCAUCACUGCCACGGAGCAGGUGAGGGGGUACGGCACGAGGCUGAUGAAUCACCUCAAGGCGUAUGCAAGGGAUGAGGACGGGCUGCGCUACUUCCUCACCUACGCCGACAACAACGCCGUCGGUUACUUCGUUAAGCAGGGAUUCACGAAGGAGAUCACCAUGCCUAAAUCGCAAUGGGAGGGGUACAUAAAGGACUACGACGGGGGCACGCUGAUGGAGUGUGUGCUGGAGAAGGGGCUGCCCUACACCACACUGCCCGCCGUGCUGCUCAAACAGCGCCAGCUCUCCCUCACCGCCCUUCCCUUCCUCCCCACCCCUCCCUCCCCCCUCCUCUCCACGCAGGCCAUAACGAAGCGAACGAGGCAAGUUGCGCGCAGCCAUGUGGUGCACCCCGGGCUGGACUUCCCGCGUGACUCCUGGGGCGUGCCCAGGCGCGCCCUCAGGCUCGCCGACAUCCCCGGACUGGCCGAGAGCGGGUGGACGCCCGAGCACAGCGCCGCCAAUAAGAUCCGAUUGGUGCAGGUGGCUCCAGAUGGGACAAAGGAUGUGAGCCGCGACGGGCCGCCCACCAAGGCCCAGCUGCACAACCUGAUGAAGCAGAUGCACCGGGCGGUGAUGGAGCAUGCGGACUCGUGGCCGUUCAAGGACCCCGUGGAUGGCAGCGAGGUGCCCGACUACUACGACAUCAUCAAGGACCCCAUCGAUCUGAAGACGAUGCAGAAGCGGCUGGAGGCGGAGAGCUUCUAUCUCACCAUCGACAUGUUUGUGGCUGACAUGCGCCGCAUGACCGCCAACGCUCGCACCUACAACGCCCCCGACACCAUCUACUUCAAAUGCGCCAACAGUUUCACUUGCCCUCGGGCUCCCUUGCCUCCACCUACGCGCAUCACCACUUACUCCUCCCAUCGCCCUUUCCUCCCACUCCCCUCUCCCUCCCCACCCCUCCCUGCGCCCAGUGCCAUCACAGUGGCAGCACAGUGGCAGCACAGUGGCAGCACAGAGGCAGCACAGUGGCAGCACAGUGGCAGCACAGUGGCAGCACAGUGGCAGCACAGUGGCAGCACAGUGGCAGCACAGUGGCAGCACAGUGGCAGCACAGUGGCAGCACAGUGGCAGCACAGUGGCAGCACAGUGGCAGCACAGUGGCAGCACAGUGGCAGCACAGUGGCAGCACAGUGGCAGCACAGUGGCAGCACAUGCAUGAGAGCACCCUUUCGACUUACCCUCACCUCUCAUUCCCCCACUCAACCGCACUUUCAUUCCAUCACUCACCCGCACUUUCAUUCCCCCACUCAAUCGCACUUUCAUUCCCCCGCUCACCCGCACUUUCAUUCCCCCGCUCACCAGCACUUUCAUUCCCCCCACCCGCACUCUCAUUCCCCCUCUCCACUCACCCGCACUUUCAUUCCCCCCCUCCACUCACCCGCACUCUCAUCCCCCUCUCCACUCACCCGCACUCUCAUUCCCCCUCUCCACUCACCCGCACUCUCAUUCCCCCUCUCCACUCACCCGCACUCUCAUCCCCCCUCUCCACUCACCCGCACUCUCAUUCCCCCUCUCCACUCACCCGCAGUCUCAUUCCCCCUCUCCACUCACCCGCACUUUCAUUCCCCCCCUCCACUCACCCGCACUCUCAUCCCCCUCUCCACUCACCCGCACUCUCAUUCCCCCUCUCCACUCACCCGCAUUCUCAUCCCCCCUCUCCACUCACCCGCACUCUCAUCCCCCCUCUCCACUCACCCGCACUCUCAUUCCCCCUCUCCACUCACCCGCACUCUCAUUCCCCAUCUCCACUCACCCGCACUCUCAUUUCCCAUCUCCACUCACCCGCACUCUCAUUCCCCCUCUCCACUCACCCGCACUCUCAUUCCCCAUCUCCACUCACCCGCACUCUCAUCCCCCCUCUCCACUCACCCGCACUCUCAUUCCCCCUCUCCACUCACCCGCACUCUCAUUCCCCAUCUCCACUCACCCGCACUCUCAUUCCCCAUCUCCACUCACCCGCACUCUCAUUCCCCAUCUCCACUCACCCGCACUCUCAUUUCCCAUCUCCAUCUCCCCCUUUCGUCUCACCCUCUCCCCGUUUCGCUGUGCUCCACUCACCCGCACUUUCAUUCCCCCACUCAUCCGCACGUCUCAUUCCUCGACUCUUUCCCUCCCCUCUCCGUUCUCCACUCACCCGCACUUUCAUUCCCCCACUCAUCCGCACGUCUCAUUCCUCGACUCUUUCCCUCCCCUCUCCGUUCUCCACUCACCCGCACUCUCAUUCCCCAUCUCCACUCACCCGCACUCUCAUUUCCCAUCUCCAUCUCCCCCUUUCGUCUCACCCUCUCCCCGUUUCGCUGUGCUCCACUCACCCGCACUUUCAUUCCCCCACUCAUCCGCACGUCUCAUUCCUCGACUCUUUCCCUCCCCUCUCCGUGCUCCACUCACCCGCACUCUCAUUCCCCCACUCACCCGCACUCGCAUUCUCGCCCCCCACAGCACCAACGUCUCGUUGUAGUCGUGGUGCCGGACAUAAACCUCCUCUCCCCUCCUCCCACCCUCGUUUUCAACACCUUCCACCCCACCCUUCACCUUCCACCCCGCCCUUCACCUUCCACCCCGCCCUUCACCUUCCACCCCGCCCUUCACCUUCCACCCCGCCCUUCACCUUCCACCCCGCCCUUCACCUUCCACCCCGCCCUUCACCUUCCACCCCGCCCUUCACCUUCCACCCCACCCUUCACCUUCCACCCCGCCCUUCACCUUCCACCCCGCCCUUCACCUUUCAGCCCAGCGGCCACCGCUGCAGCAAGCGGUCGCACCACCCUCGCCGUCCCGUCGAACCGCAUCGUGCCGCCCGCCACCUCGUCCCGCCGCGACACGGCGGGCGGCGGCCGGCUGGUGGAGGCGAGGAGCAGCGCGGGCGGGGGGGGCUGCGCGUGGGAGAGGGCGAGGUAG